UCGACGAGGCAACAAAAAAAUUUUUCACCAUGAAAAAUAUUUAGUCAAUGGGCUGAGGUCACGGUUUUAGAGAGUUGAAAAUAAAUGAUACGUUAACAGGUGCAUACGUUUUUUGUUUUCGAUGGAUAAAAAAAAAAAAAAAAUAGCGAAAGUGCGUGCAAUGUAGUGUAUUUACACAUAAGCAUAGGAUGCCCACUUUAGGGUUAACCUCUGGUGUGUCUUGUUAAAGUGUCAAAUCUGUGUAAAAAAACUGAAGUAGUAAACAAAGCCAAAUGCAUCGAUAGCACGAAGAGUGUGAACCUCAGUCUGUGACAAUUUCUCGGGGUACAUCUAAAUUAUCAUUUUCAAAAGCCAUAACGAGGGAGAGAAAAAGAAAUGUCGUUGAAGGGCUCGAAUCAGGGCAUCCAGACAACGUUGUCUGGCUUUUUCAGAAAGAAAGUUCCCACCAAAACAAAAUUCUCGGCGAUCUUGAGUGACAGCGAUGACGAUGAAGCCGAUACCAGGUCGACCAUCUCAGCUAAUUCUGCAAACACCGAUCGCAUUGAUUUGACCAAACAAGAGUUCGUUACCAUCUCUCCUGCCACUUUCGUACCAAAGAAGGCACUGGCCAAUUUGCCUCAUUUUGAUUCGGUUAUAUCGAUUAAUAGUUCGGUUGAUGACUUGGAAGAAUUUAGGGCUGAGCCAAAGAACCCAAAACUCAAAUUUCCUCCCCGUGGCUGUGAAUUGAUGGUAGCUAACGACAAUUUGGGGGAAGAAAAAGAGAAUAAUUCAAAAGAGUGCAAUGUGCCCAAUGAUGCUGUUCUUGGAGUUGGGGACUCAACGGAUCCAGAAACGAAUUGCAAACCUUCUCUAACUCGCAAGGAGAAUGCAAAGUUGAGUGAACUCAACGAAGAAGCGAAAGUCACAACAGAGGUGGAGUCGAAUUCUAAUAAUAAUUUUUACGAAAUAAUGAAUACUUCUACCACUGAUGAUGACGAGUUUGAGAAGCAGAAAAUCAAAAAGUUUCACAAAAAAGUCAAGACCACCAAAAAAUCUGGAACUGACAAAGAAUCGUCAUCUGGCUCGACCACUUCUCCAUUGAAACAGAGGAUUAAUAGUUUGAGCAUGAAAUCUUUGACCAAGAAAUCAAAGCCUUGUGAAGUUGACAACGCUACUGGUCCUGAAGCUAAAGCAGAAAGCUCAAAAACAAUUAUUGAGCUUGAAAACUUGAAGCCUUUGGGUUUCAAUGGUGACAUGAAAAAGUGGAUAGAAAAAAUAAAUAACAACCCUUUGGUUUCUACGAGCAAAAUACUAACAGGCUCCAAGGACGAGUUAAUAGCAGGCAAAAAUGAUCUGGAGGAUGUACAGAUUGAAAUACUAGAAAAAUUUUUCGUUGCUUUUGAUACAAUUCCUAUAGAAAUUCUGUCACACUUUCCUCAAUUUGAUGCUGAAAUAUGCCAACGUUUGAGAAGUCUAUAUCACAGAGUAAAAGCUAAAAUACGUCAAAACGAUAGGCAGUUAAAAUCUAUUACUUCUCAAGAAAAAAUCAGUGAAUCUCAGUACAAGGAAGAUAGACGCCUGUUGCAAGAUUGCCUCAAUCCGUCGACGAAUAAUCAGGAAGAAGAAAUGGAUUACUCCCCAGACGAGAUUAAACCUCCAUAUACCGAUUCAAAACCCAAAAGCAUUGACAAAUCGUUGGAAGAAUCUACGUCUUCCUCGCCAAAAUCGCAAGAAACGUUGAUUAACCCAUCCACUUGCCAAACCCCACCAGCUCCAGUACAAAAAAAGAGCAGAUUCCAAUUGAAGAUGCCAGUAAAGGCGACCAUCAAUCCUGUAGCCAGCAAGCAAAUUGAAGAGAUAAUAGAAAAAAAGCAGCUCGAAAUAACUACCAACUACAGUCCUGGAGCAAACAUAAAGAACACGUCUGGAUCUCCAGUUUUGACAAAGUCGAACAGUUUCAUGUCGUUGGAUAAAAAAUUGUCGCAAGAAAAUGUCAACAAAAAUUGGAUCAGACCUGAGCCGGAAAUCGUUGAAAAAAUUGUCAUCGAUGACGAUGACGACGAUGACGACUUUCCGAGUCAUGGUAACAAAAAAAGUGGAUCAAAGAAGGAAAAAAAUUCCAGUACUGAUUUGGCUCCCCAAGUAUCAUCAUGGAGUGCUUUUGAUGAAGAGUUCAAGUAUGAUCCAAAGUCUCAGGGAAUGGAAAGAAGCUUGACUCAACAACUGUGUGACCUCCCAGAAAUAAAUAAAGAUGAACUUAAUAUGGUAACUUCUUCCCAAACUAACAAGUAUCCCCUAGAAAACAGUAAUUCUCGAAACACCUCCUCAGCUUACAGUGGUAAAGCGAAAUUUAUCGGUGACUUUCAAAAUGACGGAGAAUCAGGGGAUUUUGAUGGUUUUAAUUACCCUCAUUCUAGAGAAAUGAUGAGUGUAUUUAGAUCAAAGUUCGGACUGUACCAAUUUAGGCCAAAUCAAUUACAAGCUAUAAAUGCUGCCAUUUUGGGAUUUGAUUGUUUCAUCCUGAUGCCUACUGGAGGCGGUAAAUCUUUGUGUUACCAAUUGCCAGCUUUAAUGACAUCAGGAAUAACUAUUGUUGUUUCACCCUUGAAAAGCUUGAUUAUCGAUCAAGUACACAAACUAAUUUCACUGGAUAUUCCAGCAGCACAUUUGUCGGGUACCUUGUCGGACGGAGAAACGCAAAUAGUGUACAGGGAAUUGGCAAAACAACAGCCAAACUUGAAGCUUUUAUAUUUGACUCCAGAAAAAAUUUCUGCGUCACAAAAACUAUGCUCUGCCCUAACGGCCUUGUACGAAAGAGGACUGUUGUCGAGAUUCGUGAUCGACGAAGCACAUUGUGUCAGUCAGUGGGGUCAUGAUUUCAGGCCCGAUUACAAAAAGUUGAAAUUAUUGAGGAACAAUUAUCCCAAAGUUCCAACAAUGGCGCUCACGGCCACUGCAACUCCGAGAGUAAGGACUGAUAUUCUUCACCAGUUGGGCAUGACUUCACCUAAAUGGUUCAUGUCAAGUUUCAAUAGACCUAAUUUACGUUACGUUGUGUUGAGCAAGAAAACGAAAACUACGACGGAUGAUAUUAUCGCGCUGAUAAAGAGUAAUUUCAAAAAUGACUGCGGCAUCGUUUACUGCCUUUCGCGGAAAGACUGCGAUUCUUGCGCAGAAACCAUGAGACACAACGGAUUGAAGGCACUCAGUUAUCACGCCGGGCUUGCGGACAACAAGAGGAUCGAGAUACAGGGAAAGUGGCUCUCAGAGCAGAUUAAAGUUGUCUGCGCCACCAUAGCUUUCGGCAUGGGCAUCGACAAGCCGAACGUGAGGUUUGUCGUCCACGCCACCAUUCCCAAGUCAAUCGAGGGCUACUACCAAGAAAGCGGUCGCGCCGGACGGGACGGUGAGGCCGCCCAAUGUAUUUUGUAUUACCAUUACAGCGACAUGAUGAGACACCGGAAGCUCAUCGAAGGCGACGCCAACUGCAAUAUGGACGCGCGAAAAACACACAUGGACAAUUUGUUCAAGAUCGUGGCUUUCUGUGAAAAUAAGACAGACUGUCGCCGUUCCCUGCAGCUCAAUUAUUUUGGGGAAGUGUUCGAUCGGUCGCUGUGCAUUGCCAGCAAAGAAUCCACUUGUGAUAACUGUAGGAAUCAAGGAAAAUUCAUUACAGAAGAUGUUACGGUAAAAGCUAAGGAACUCAUUACGCUAGUCAGAGACGUCACAAAAAAUAGGAGCAACAGUGCUACUCUCUUGUUUAUCGUGGACAUCUACAAAGGAAGUAACAUUAAGAAAAUUAGAGACUCUGGUCUUGAUCAACAUCCUAUUUAUGGUAAAGCAAAAUCGUGGCCCAAGCACGAUAUAGAGAGAUUAUUGCACAAGCUCGUGGUUGAUGGUUAUCUCAAGGAGAACUUAUACAUUAACAAUGAAAUUUCUUGUGCCUACAUUGCUCUUGGAGGAAAAGCUGCAGAGUUUAUGAAUUCAAAUAGCAUUAAGAUUACUUUGGAACAAAGAAAAGAGGAGGCUGCGUCUUCGUCCGCAGCCGCUCCGGUCUUAAAUGCACCAGGAUCAAACGAAAAUAGCCAAAAUCUAGACAAGGAAAUGGAUGAACUCAAGCAGAAGUGCUACACAGAGUUGGUGGAGACUAUCAACGGUAUCGCUGGUGCUUUGGACGUUACUGCCAGUACCCUCAUGAACAUGAUAGCUUUGCGAGCUAUGAGCCAAAGGCUGCCGGAAUCGGAGGAAGACAUGCUUAAAAUACCCCACGUCACAAAGGCCAAUUUCGACAAGUACGGUAAAGUUCUGCUUGACAUCACUCGGAAGUAUGCCGCAGAAAAAAUAGUGUUACUGUUCGAAAAACAGGAGGCAGAGAAAGCAGCAGCGGCGGCUGCGGCAGUUGCUUCUGCCUCAGAAGCUAGUUCUGCAUACCAAGACUAUGGGGAGGAUGAUUAUGGAGAUUUUUCUGAGUCUGGAAGUAACCAUUCUGGAGGUAGGGGUCGUGGUCGAAAAAGGAGGGGUGGUUUUCGCAGUGGCAACUUCAAAAAGUUCAAACGAACCGCAAGCUCGUCUAGGACAUCGAAGGCCAGUAGCAGAGGAGGUAGCUCUGGUACAGGUUCCUCGAGGGGCAAAGCUAGAGGUAAAACCCAAGCGUCUAAAGCACGUGGACCUGGUCUCGUCGAUUUUUCACAAAAACAACAAUACAAACAAUUUCCCGGUCGAUUCGUAAAUCUUUUGUAAAUAGUUACUGUAAUUUUUUUUUUUUAGC